GAACGCAGGUAUUUUAUCAUCAUAUACGAAAACAAAUUUAAUGCCUUCAAACAUUGCAACUUCCAAUUAAAAAAUGUGUCAAGAUAUAACGUGUUGAGAAAGUUUUACCACGAUGAGAGAAAUAAUUCAGAUUCAAGCUGGCCAGUGCGGAAACCAAAUAGGAUGUAAGUUUUGGGAGACAAUAUCCCAGGAGCAUGGCAUAAACCCGGAAGGAUUUUACGUCGGGGACAACCCUCAACAGCUGGAGCGACUCGAAGUCUACUUCAACGAAGGCCGCCAAGAGAAUUAUGUACCUCGCGCUGUCCUCGUGGAUCUGGAGCCCGGAACCAUGGCAGCUGCCAGGAGCGGGCCGUAUGGCAGACUCUUCAAGCCCGACAAUUUCAUCUUCGGGUUGAACGGGGCAGGAAACAACUGGGCAAAGGGUCACUAUACGGAGGGUGCCGAAAUAUCGGACGCCGUCUUGGAUGUGAUCAGGAGGGAAGCUGAGUACAGCGAUUGCCUGCAGGGCUUCCAGCUGACCCAUUCCCUUGGCGGCGGCACCGGCUCCGGUUUCGGGUCGCUCCUUUGCAGCAAACUGCAGGAGGAGUAUCCCGACCGGAUUAUAUCGACGUUCAGCGUGGUGCCUUCGCCAAAAGUGUCCGAGGUGGUGCUCGAACCUUACAACGCUGUCCUAUCCACGCACCAACUGGUCGACAGCAGCGAUUUAACACAGUGCAUCGACAACGAGGCUCUCUACGACAUAUGCUUCAGGACAUUGAGGCAGACGAACCCAACGUACAGCGAUCUGAACCAUCUGAUCUCCCUGACCAUGUCCGGCAUAACGACCUGCUUCAGAUUUCCCGGACAGCUAAACGCUGAUCUGAGAAAACUGGCGGUUAAUAUGGUUCCCUUCCCUUCUCUUCAUUUUUUCGUGCCAGGCUUUGCACCCCUUUGCUCUAAAUCUCACAUGGUUUAUCGAAAACUUUCGGUGAAGGACGUUACGGAGCAGAUGUUCGAUCCCAACACGAUGAUGGCGGCUUGUAACCCCAUGCACGGGAGGUAUUUGACGGUGGCGACGAUCUACAGGGGUCUCAUAUCGACCAACGAUGUCGAACAGGUGAUAAUGAACACCCAAAUGAGGAAUUCCUCGUAUUUUGUCGAGUGGAUACCUCACAAUAUCAAAGUUGCCGUCUGCGAUAUCCCUUCGCCCCAUGCCAAACUUUCGGGAACUCUGAUCGCUAACACGACGGCUGUUCAGGAACUGUUCAGGAGGAUUCACGAACAAUUCGUAGCCAUGUUCAAAAGGAAAGCGUUCCUCCACUGGUAUUUGGGCGAGGGAAUGGACGAAAUGGAGUUCAGUGAAGCGGAGAGUCAUCUGAUUGAUCUCAUAUCCGAAUAUCAACAGUAUCAGGAGGUAGAAGGUGAAGAAUAUGAGGAUGAAGAUACAGAACAAUAAACAUUUAUUGACAAAAACUUAAACACAUGAAGUCUGAUCCAUAAUCUAAAAUAUUUAUUUUGUGUUCAACGAAUGAAAACUAGAUUACACCAGAUGGACUACAGGGAAAAUCUUUCAAUUUGAAAAACUAAUUGAAUCAUAAUAAAUAUUUUUUGUUA